UAGAAUUUUAAAAUAUAGUGGUAGAUUUAUUAAUUAUAUUAAAAUUUAGAGAUUAAAUUGUAAUUUAUUGGGAAAAAAAAAAGUAUAGUUAUAAACCCGAACCGACAAUUGGAAAAUUUUAUUCGAAAAAGGUUUUGGGACCGAAUUGCCAAUUGAUGUCUCCAAGGGGAUCGAAUACGCCAACUCCGAACCUCUGGUCUUUCUCUCUAUUUGUAUAAUUCUUUUUAUUUUCUCGUCUUCAGGUGCUGAGCAGCUGUAAAUGGUGAAUGCAUCGUUACUUCGUGGGAAUGCUGUUCUAAGCUCGACCCUAAUCACCAUUCUCGAUAAAUGCAAAUCAAUGUUAGAGUUGAAGCAAGUUCAUGCUCUGGUGAUUACUUUAGGUCUCUCCCAAGAUGAAUCUUUUGUAUCUAGAAUUCUUUCCUUCUCUGCACUAUCUGAUUCAGGAAACGUCCAUUACUCCCUCUUGGUUCUUUUGUCUCUCUCAAAUCCAACAAUCUUCAAUUGGAACACAGUCAUAAGAGGAUACUCAAAGAGCAAAAAUCCAAAUAAAUCAGUCUCAGUUUUUAUUAAAAUGUUGCGGGUUGGAAUCUUGCCUGACUAUUUAACAUUCCCUUUUCUUGCUAAGGCAUCAGCUCGCCUUUUGAAUCGAGAACUGGGUAUGGCGUUUCAUGCCCAUAUUACAAAAGCUGGGUAUGCAUCUGAUAGGUUUGUUUCGAAUUCUUUGAUUCAUAUGUAUGCAUCUUUUGGAGAAAUUCUGCAUGCGCGAAAGGUGUUCGAUGGAAUACUUAUGAAAAAUUCGGUUUCAUGGAAUUCCAUGAUAGAUGGUUACGCAAAAUGUGGAGACAUGGGUUUAGCAUGCGAAUUGUUUGAUUCAAUGCCUCAACGGGACGUCUUGUCUUGGAGUUGUUUGAUUGAUGGGUAUGUUAAGAGUGGGGCUUGCGGGGAUGCUUUAGCAGUUUUUGAGAAAAUGCGAGUCUUGGGUCCCAAUCCCAAUGAGGUGACUAUGGUGAGUGUAUUGUGUGCUUGUGCUCACUUGGGUGCCCUUGAUAAAGGAAGGACGAUGCAUCGUUACGUUAUUGAUAAUGGGUUACCAUUGACCUUGGUUUUGCGCACCUCUCUUGUCGACAUGUACGCCAAGUGCGGGGCAAUACAAGAGGCUUUCAAUGUGUUUCGUGGGGUUUCCAAGGAGCCAGGUGAUGUGUUAAUUUGGAAUGCAAUGAUUGGAGGACUUGCAACUCAUGGUUUGGUUAAAGAAUCACUUGAUUUGUUUACAGAAAUGCUUAUAGUAGGGGUUAAGCCAGAUGAGAUCACAUACUUGAACUUGUUGAGUGCUUGUGCUCAUGGUGGGUUAGUAAAGGAGGCUUGGUAUUUCUUUGAGUAUCUUGGUAAACAUGGCAUGGCUCUUAAGAGUGAGCAUUAUGCUUGUAUGAUUGAUGCUAUGGCCCGUGCUGGUCAAAUUGCAGAGGCAUACCAAUUUCUAUGUCAAAUGCCCAUUCAGCCAACAGCUUCAAUGUUGGGAGCUCUGCUAAGUGGAUGCAUGAACCACAGAAAGUUUGAUCUUGCAGAAAUAAUAGGAAGGAAACUUAUUGAGCUAGAGCCUCACCAUGAUGGUCGAUAUAUUGGCUUAUCAAAUAUUUAUGCUAUUGUGAGACGCUGGGACAAAGCAAGAAGCAUGAGAGAGGCCAUGGAGAGGAUGGGGGUGAAAAAAUCUCCUGGUUAUAGUUUUGUGGAGAUUUAUGGAGCUCUGCACACUUUCAUUGCACAUGAUAAAACACAUCCUAGUUCAGAGCAAAUAUAUAGGAUUUUAAAUUUUGUUGUAAGCCAAAUGAAACAUACUGUUGAUUAUGAAAAUCAAGAAUAUUUUUUUGCACGAUAAGGAGGAGAUUAAUUAUUAAUUCCUUUCUGCAGAUUGAAGUUUUCAAACUCAUCUUCUCUUUACAUAAAACUUCAGUGGCAAAUCAUCUAGUAAAUCUCAGAUAUGUUCAGAUAGUUUUAUCCCCGAGAGUUGGGUCUUUGAAGACCUUCUCUGAAUUAUCUGAUAAUUCUGCAAAAUCCACAAACCAAUACACCGUAUUUGCUUCUAUUGUUGUUCCCUUCCUACGCUUUAAGGCUGCGCGGUGCUCCUGAAUCUAGAUAUCCAUCACCCCUAUUUUUUUUCACCUGCAAAGAACAUUUGCAUUAAAAGCAUUACAAAGCUCAGUCCCAUCCAUGGCAAAGAAUACCGGCCCGAAAGGCCAAAACACAAGUCCACAAUAGGAAAGCCCAUCCAAUGAGAAACCCAGAAAACCCAUUUAACCCCACAACUUUCUUGGAAACCUCCGUGUCACACUACCAUUGCCGACAACUACUUGCAGUGAGCAGAGAGGAGAUGAUAGGAGCUCCAGGACUCCAUGCAUGCUCCAUAGAGAACCCAGACUCCAUGCAUGCUCCAUAGAGAACCCAGA